UGCACACAGUUACAAACAGGGAUGGACUGACCAUUUGGAAACUCGGGCACUGCCCGAGGGCCCGGGGUCAGUAGGGGACCCCAUGAGAUGCCCCUGGUACCUUUUUCAUAGGCUUUUUUGAGUUUGGGCAAGGACACAGGGGCCCCAUGAUCCCCUAUUGCCCGGGGGCCCCAUGAGUUGUCAGUCCGCCCCUGGUUACAAACAUUACAUUCAGCUAACACAUUGCGGGUGGUGUGCCAUUAGAAUUAAUGGCACCAGCCUGCGGGUCCGCACUCUUCUGUGUGGGUGC